AUGGGUACUACUUCAAUGAGCUGGCAUGCGCCAGCCUGGGCCACCCAAACUCCCGAGGAUGUCGAAGAGGCGGAUGAGCCUCCGGAACCUUCAAGUCCUAACCGCUUCCGCCGAACUCAGGUCAAGCGCCCCAAUGAGCAGACCUCUCUUUUGACCAAGGCCUUGAUGGGAGGAUCGGACAAUGACGACUCUCUUCCUCAGCAUUCCGACUUUACUCGACGGAGGUCCAUGGCCAGCAAUGUCAGCAUCGCCUCGACUGCGGAUCUCACAAGCGAUACUGGAUUCACUAGCCCUGCUCGAACUAACACGCCCAGCCCGCCUGUCCCCGAGCUACUGAUUUCCCGACUCAAUCGUCUUGACAUUCAGGGCCAGAUCCCCAGCCAACUAGACACAGCCCUGGACGUUCAAAGUCGGACUCAGGUUGCGAGGUCGCAUGACGAGCCAAAAGUGGCUCCUCGAAAGCGAUGCAUCCAGUUCGCUUGUGGAGCCAAGCCCAGCAACAACACAUCGACAUCAGACUCAACCACGAAGCAAACAUCCGUUCAGGAUGCCCCUGCUCGAAAGACUUGUAUUAAAUUUGCUGCCUGCCCAACUCGCCCAUCCUCCAAAAACACACCACCUCAGCAGACUGGCCGAAUUCAUCAAAAGCAGGCUCAUUCUCCAUCAACGCCCAAGAGAGAGCCAGCAACGCCAUCUACCCCUCGCCAAGCCAACUUUCGCCGUUCUUCCGAUCACUCUGUAUCACGCCCAAAGUUUCUGCGCGCCAACUCGACCGAUCUGGUAAACGAUGGAUCCCAAUUUCACGAGUUUGCAAGCGAAACGUCUAGAGAGGAUGACUGGAUUCGGCACGCCAACACCUCAGCUAACCACAAGCUCACUAUUAAUGAUACCCUUGUGAAGGAGAAUCAGAUCCGGCGACUGGCGAAAGAAGCCGAGGAGGAAGCUGAGCUUGAGGAAGACGAGGAAGAGGCUGCAAUUGAUGAUGAAGAGGAUGAGGAUGAGGAGGAUGAAGACGAAGAUGAGGACGAGGACGAGGACGAGGACAUUGACGAUGGGGACUUUGACGAGGAUGAGCUGGAAGAUGAACUAUCUGAUGGCUACCACACUGACGAAGAGACUGGGUUCGCCGAAUCGGAGGACUCUGAUGCCGAGGAUGGAAACAUGGCUCUUUGGACGUUGAGCAAGAGUCCUCGCUUGCGGCCGACUCUCAAUGUACCUGUCUCCCGACGACCGUCACUCCAGGGACAUCAAUCGGAUUCAUCAACAACUACAGGCGGUAGCCCUCGCCGCACCAAAAUGAAGCGCGUCAAACCCCAACCUGAAGCUCCUGAUCUGCCAGACAGCACAGAUUUCGUAUGCGGCACGCUGGAUGAAGAUAGACCUCUUGAAGAGGCCUACCUCUCCUGCCUGGCUGCUCGUAGGAACGAAAAGCUCCGAGUCAUUCCUCAAGACAUUGACCCUAGCUUCCCGGCGUCCGAGCCUGAAGACGAAGAUGAUGAGGAUAUCUAUAAUCCUGUCCACCAUGACAGCGAUGAUGACCUUGUGGGCGAGAUGGAAGAUAUUCAUCACGGGCAAGACAGACCUAGAAGGAGACGCAAGAGUGACCUCGCUUCUCCACGUAAGUGUCGCUCUCCUGCCCCAAAACGACUUCACUCUCCUCCACCAAAGCGACUCCGUUCCCCCCCUCCGAAAAAGCAUCAUUCUCCACGUGGCCGUUCACCCAAGCUGCUGUUCGAUCGUCAGUCUCCCCGAAGACCGAGAUCCCCAGCCCCAAGGGUAAUGGUCACCCCAAGAGGGUCUCCCCGCCAGGGCAUUCAUGUCAAGUUCAACCUUGCUGCCCGCCCCGGCCCUACCAUUACCAAAUCCUUACCCCGUCCUGGAAUCUUCACUAGCCGCAAAAACGAUCGCCACUACAUGGGCGAAUAUGUCGGAGUUGAUCUCCCCGUUCGCGGCGCCAUUGACAUUGUCAAGGGCCUUGAGAAGAAGCGCCAGAGACGCAAGGAGAAGUUCCAACAAAAGUACUGCAACCGAGCUCGUCGCGGUCAGAUCCCAGAGAGAAAGCCCCAGCCAGGUCGCGGGGCUCUCCGAAUGCGAGAGCUGGGACUCCUCAUGGCUGGCAAGAAAGACCAAGGCAAUUACGUUUUAUCGAUAUAA